AUGGCUAAUAUUUGGAUUCUAUUACUUCUCUUCCUAAUCAUCUUACUUUUUCUCGUGGCCUUCAAACGCACAAAUCAUGGGCAGCAUCGACAAAUACCAUCUCCUCCUGGUUUUCCCAUCAUCGGAAACUUACACCAGCUCGGAGCAUUACAACAUCAGUCUCUAUGGAAUCUCUCAAAAAAGUAUGGUCCUGUGAUGCUUUUAAGGCUUGGAAAAGUCCCAACAGUUGUACUUUCUUCCUCUGAAACAGCAAAACAAGCUCUCAAAGACAAUGACCUCCAUUGUUGUAGCCGUCCUCCCUCAGCAGGAACAAGAGAGCUCUCGUACAACUAUCUGGAUAUGUCUUCCUCUCCUUAUAAUGAAUACUGGAAAGAACUAAGGAAGCUUUGUGCACAAGAACUCCUGAGUGCUCACAAAAUUCAAUCCAUUCAACCCAUAAAGGACGAGGAGGACAAGAAAGUGAUUGAUACAAUCGCGGAGUCAGCUUCUCUGAAAGAUCCGGUUAACUUGAGCAAGACGUUUCUUGCUUUAACUACAAGUGUAGUUUGCUAG